UGCUACAGAAUGUCAAGUAGGUAACCAGCGCAGCGCUGUGGACAGUCGCUGGUUUUUGCUCUGUGGACAUGCUUCCCUCAGUCCGGUCUGUGUUUGCGAAAGUCUGCAAUGCUGGCCAAGAGCUUCUCACGUGGUGCAAGCCCAACGUGACAAAUCCCGGUGGCCCCAGGCUUGUCAGCGCGACGGAGUUCUGCGUGUUGGGGUACUACAAUGUGACGGGGCACCGUGAGAUGGCUCAUUAUAACUUUUCCCCGACCGAUCCAUGCCACAAUUUUCAGCUUUUUGAUAUAGUCACGCGCAAGUUUGUGCACCUGAGUGACAACUUGGUGUUGUGUUUGUACCAAAAGCCGUACACUCUGUAUUCCUGGUUGGUCAGGAAGUUCUCAUCUCUCGACGCCACGGUUUUGGACGGCUUCUCUGACUCAGGUACGGGGGCCAUUGCCUGCGUUUUGGCAGACAGGAAUUGCCUUGUUGUGGAACUAGACAAACGCUAUGCACAGGGAAUCUGGAUGAGACUCCUCACCGACAUCGAGGAGACAUUAAGAAGAGAAAAGUCGAGAGAGGGAAAGGGCAAGGGGAAGGAACACCAGCAGGAUGCGGACAUUGAGGUCUCCGGGGACGACGAACCGGUGACACACGAAAAGACCACUGAGAAUCAGGAGUCGGUUCCUGGUUGUUUAGCACCGGGACAGUCUACAGUGGAGGCCAGUGUCAGCAGAGAGGCAACAACAGUUGCCCAACAGCAGGGGACGGAUGUGGCGCUGCCUGCAGAUCAGCAGCAAAGGGCGAAUGUACCUUCUACGGCAGAAAAAGUUAUGGCCGCUGCCGUUCAGCAUGGCGUAAAGAGGGAGGAUCUCGGCGCAGCGUGGAAGAGGCGCAAACUGCCAGCGCUGCAGGACGAGCGUGAAAAAGGCGAACUUUCUCAUCAGCCGGCAGUCACUGUCGAGACUGGUGAAGUUACGAGAUUGUCUGCGGAUCCUGAGAGGGAAGACGUCACACAGAGCCAGGAUUCCAGCAGAGCCACAGACAAUACUCGUGGUUGUAAAAGAAAGAUGGGUGGAGAGGAGGUAGUUAGCUCCCAGGGUGGCGUCGUGGUAGGUCUACGCAGCCGCGCACGUUGACUUGCCUAGGUACAGGUCUCUAAACUCUUGUAAGGGCCGGAUAAUUCUAUAACAACUUUUCGUU